AAGCCCAUAAGACAAAUGCCGGCUAACUCUAUCUAUCUCUCUCUCACGCUCUCUCCCAACAAACCUUAAAAGCACCAAGGCCUCUAGGCUCAAUCAGAACACUAACAAAAUUCUAAAAAACUAACUCCUAAUGAUUAAUUCUUAUCCAAAGCCACUAAAGGUAUGCCUCGAUGUGUUGUAUCAAAAGACUGCUUGUGUAUUCAAACUAACCCAAAGUGGUAGCAACUGUACUUUUAAUGAACUCCACAAAAAAGGGAAAUAUAGAUUCGUAUGUUUAAUGUUAGUGCUGUAUGUAUGUGCAUUAAAUUAUAGAGACAUUAAUGUUUAAUAAUCAAUCGGAAAAUGUUGAGACCGACCCCAAACGUAUGUGCCAAAUAAAACUCCCGUAGAAAAGUUGACAGUAACACUUGCAUGCUGCAACAGCCAGCAACAAUAUUUAAAAACCAGUAAAUGGUGUAAUGAAUUGAGUAAUGUGAAGUAAAUAACAAAUCUUUAACUUCGGUACAAUAGAAGCCAACUAAUAAUAACACCAGCUAACGAUAACUAACAACAGCUAACAUCAACGACAACAAUCUAACAGCAACCGCAACACUCGUAUUGUUGUGCCUAGAUGCCCUUCUCAUAAUCAUCCGCGCGAAGACUUUGAGUUAUUGUCGCCUUGUUAUUUUGCAGUCUCGACACGCAGUCAGCAGCGACAACAAUAACAACAUUAACGACAACAACGACAGCAUCAACAUCGAAAGCAACCAGAAAAGGUUGCAGUAAAAACUUGGACACGUGCAGCUAUUGGCCACGUUGUGAUGCCUGCAACGAAGCUGCGCAACAACAGCAGCAACAACAACCUAAAACAAUCUUGCGACAACAAUCGCUCCCCACAAUGCCAACAACCAGCGUUCAGCUUCUACAGCACCCACACCAGCAGAAACAGCAACAGCAAGAGCCAUCGCAUGUAUCUACAGUGGCCGUUAAUGUAGAUGUCAUUAACUUGAAUAGAAGCACGGUGGCGAGCACAGCAACGACUCGCUUUAACAAAAGCCUUGCGCCGCCACAAUGGACAUUCCUGUGCAGCGGUGGCGUCAAUGCCACAACUGAUAGCAACGGCCCACAAAACCCCCGACCAGCCAACGAUGAGCGACAACAGCCCACAGCUGUUGUUAGACCGCGCGUGAUACCGCUGGCUGCCACAUCACUGGUCCUCCUGGGCAAUUGCGAUCUGCCACUAACAGCCGCGGCAGUAUCGACAGUGGCGACACGUGACAAGACGCAGCAGGAGCAGGUGCCCGAGCAAAUAAACGUAACGCUCAGCAGCAGCAAUAGCAACAGAAAAAACAACAGCAGCAGCACUGGCAACUUGAAACAAAUAUCCACAAACAAGUUCAACGGACAGCAGCUGCAGGAACAACCGGACCCGCCCACUUGCGCCCACACCAACCCAUCGAGCAGUGCAAAAAACAACUGUCAAGGCAAGCGGAAGCAGCAACGCUGCCAUUCGCUUCCAAAUAUCCCAAUGCUGCGCCCCAUUAUGGACACGGUCUCGACCACAGCGGACUUGGGAACUGGUCUGCCCAGAAGCAGCAACGAUGGCGUCAACAUAAUCGGCAUAAGGAGUGGCCUUUCCCUGGGACUGUCGCAGCAAAUGCGGGCCGUUUCAAGUCCCACACUGACGGACAGCAACACGCAACAUUUGGCUGCACAGCCAAAGCAGCAGGAUGAACCAACAGCAGGAGCAGCAGCAGCAGCAACAACCACCUUCUCCUUUGACGCUGCCGCAACCAACGGUAGCAGUGGCGGUGGCAGUUGUGGCGGUGGAGGCGGUGGAGGCGGGAGUGGAGGCUUAGGCGUUUUGCAGAAAUUCAAACGCACACUCACCAACUUCAACAAUAAAAAUCAAUUGCAAAUUACGCAGCUGCCGCCCACAGCAACUAGCGCCGGGGAUGUUGCAACUGCAGCGGCCACAACAAAGCCCAAGUCAUCGCCCAACAACACACCAACUGUCUGCAUAACAGCCGCGAAUCCCACAACAGCAGCAUCAGCUGCAGCUGCAGCCAGCGAGGCGGACAUCGGAGAUGCAAAUUCGGGCAAAUAUCGCUUCGGGCCACUCAUUUGGCGCUCCUCGAAGGAGCGUCGCAAAACGAAAUUCAAUCGACGCGACAAAUGCAACUCCGGUGACUCGGGCAUCCAGAUCGAGCUGGAGCAGGACGAGCAGUAUGCGCGUGUGUUGUCGGCGAGUGGACAACAGUCUGUCCAAAAUGAAACACCCCCCCAUGCCAGCAGCACUCCCAAUACGGCCGAGGCGAAGGCGCGGGUAAUCCGGCGGACGAACUCGGCCAAGGCCGGCAGUAUUUUGGACCAAUCCGCAGACUUGGGGGGUAGUAGUGCCAAAUCGAAGAUCUACAAGCAAUUGCAGCUGGGCAGCGGCAACAAUAUCGAGCGCGAGGCGCCCGAAUCGCUGCCCACGCGCUCACUGAGUCAGCCCAAUGGCCUGGAGACUUAUGGCAUGGGGCGCACAGAGCUGGACGACAGCGACAGUGACAGCGUUGCGUCACACGAAGAAGGCAGCAGCUACUACCCCAUCUAUGCGGAAGUGCUGUACAAAUUCACGGCGGCGGGACCGCAGGAACUGGGACUGGAGCGUGGCGCGCUAAUUGAGAUCUUGCGGAAAGAGGUGGGACCCUGGUGGUUCGGACGCAUUAAGAAAGAGGACGCCAGCAUAGUGGAAGAAAUACUCGAUCCAGAGCUCGGCUGGUUCCCCAAAGAGUUCGUUCGCAUCAUACCUUGUCCGGACCAAGAUGCAUUUUACAGCGCACACAAGGCGACUCAGGGGCAACCAGUCCCAAGCCAGGAUGUGCCCGUGCCAGUAGCUGAGCUCAACAACAGUCUGGAGGAUGCCGAUGCCACAAUGACUGUAGAUCAGAGCAAUAUCACGACUAUAGUGAUUGAGUCGCCCCCCAGCCUGUCGCCCCCAGCCAUGCCGCUGCUCCCCUUGACGCGCCUCAAUGCUCAACUGGAUAGCGCAGACGUGCUGCGCCGAAGUGCUGUCCGAGAGCUGCUCGAAACGGAAGUUAAUUAUGUGAAGCUGCUCGCCGCCAUUUGUGACGGCUACCUGCCUGCGAUGAGUAAGCGCAUUGACAUCUUCUCGCCGAACAGCAUUCGUCUCAUAUUCUCAAACAUUGCGGCGAUCUAUAAGUUUCAGCGCAAGUUUCUUGAGGCUCUGCGCAAGGGCAUCGAACAGAACCAGGUGGCCAAGGUUUUCCUCAAAAUGCACAAAGGCUUCCUCUGCUACUCCACCUACUGCAACUCAUACCCACGUGCACUGAUCGAGCUCGAAUCCUAUGAUCGUGUAAAGGAUGCACGCACCAUUUUGGAAAACUGUCGCGAAUCUGAAAAUCUUGCCGAGCUACCGCUUUCUGCUCAUCUGUUGGCGCCCGUGCAGCGCAUUUGCCGAUAUCCCUUACAUUUAAAUGAGAUCAUCAAGACGGCCAUGGGCAAUGUUCCAAACGGCACAGACGAGGCGGACGGGUCGGAGGUGAACAAACCCGAUCCUGCCCACUAUGAGCAGCUCGACGUGAGUCAGCUGGAUAUACCCGACACCCACAACACCGUCAACCUGGCGCUGGAGGCCAUGCGCGGCAUCACCGAGGCUGUCAAUGAGGGCAAGCGCCACAGUGAGACGAUUGCGCGUCAUCAGGCCAGCUUCCAGAACUUCAAGGGUCCGCCGCUGCAUCUGCACAGCACACGCUUCUUUCUCCAAAUCGAUGCCACGCGGCAGAAGCAAAAUCUUUGGAACAGCAGUUACACACUCUUCUUAUUCGACAACCAGCUGGUCUACUGCAAGCGCGAUAUUAUCAAGCGCAGCCACUUUAUAUACAAGGGUCGCAUAUUUCUGGAUCGCUGCCGUGUCGUGAAUGUGCGUGAUGGCAAGAUGUUCGGGCACACUAUAAAGAACUCGCUAAGAAUCUAUUGCGAGUCCCGAGAUAAAUGGUACGACUUCAGUUUUCGGUCGGCCAAUCGCAAGCAUCGCUUCCUCAACACGCUCGCCCUGGAGCGGCAGUUUGGCGGAAAGGCUCUUUACGUAUCCGAGAUGACGGGCUUUGAGUACAACUAUGAGGAGCGCGCCGGCGACUAUUCAGAUCAGUCGGACUACGAGUUACCAGACUGCGAACAUGCCCUGGGCGGCGGUACCUCGGCCAGUGGCGAUAGUUCAGUGCCUGAGUCACCGGCCAAGUCUUCGUACCGUUACAGCGAAACGCUGCCCAAGAAGUCACAGUCGCGUGAUGGCAUUGCGAGCGCAGACAACAGCCAGUCUCAGCCGCUGUCCACCACAUCGACCGGUUCCCUAGGACGUCGCCGUCUGGGCAACUGGUUUCGUAAGCCCAAGAGCACGAACUGCACCCCCAGUCAGUCGCCCACCCACAAGCCGGGCUUCGAUGCGGACGUCACAUUGACGGCGGCACGUGUAGCCACCCUUGAAUUGGCAGAGGCUGCGGCAGCGCAGCAGCAGACGGAGACGAACUCGGCCUAAGCUCUCUCUGGUUUAAGAUAAUCCUCACUGAAGAUAACUACUAAAAAUUGCAGUACAUAAAUGUAUGCAGAAUGGCACAUAGAAGAAAAUACAUACACAGUACAUGAUAUGAAUUAUUUUAUACACUUGUUGGAAUAAUGUAAAAAGUGCAUUUACGAUUAGGAGCCGCUGAAUCUGUGUACACGUAUGUACUCGUAUUUCAAUUUGUUUCCGUUUACUGUUUUCCUUUUAGUUUUGUCUAAGUUUUAUUUAAAUAUACUCUUCUCAUUGCUGUUUAAUAUGUUUGCAAAAUAUUUUAAAUGCGUUUUAAAGCCAAAAAUUUGCGGCAAAUGUGCAUACCUAUUCGUAUGUGUGUAAAUAUAGUUUGAUGCUCGUCAUAAGUUUAUUGAAUUACCCUAAUAAACGUGUUUGUUUUUAUUAAUUUA